UAGAGGAAAGAAUCCCUUGUUACUCACUUCAACUCUAUUUGUUUAAGAACCAAUGAAGAUAAAGUAUCCCCACAUUUGCUUAGGCCUUCUAAUUCACAUUAUUCAUUGAUUGAACAACUGUGAAGAUCUCACAUUCAAACAAUAGUUCUUCUUCAUUUUCCCCAAUGGCUGGCUCCAGUGCCACCACUGUCAGCCUAAAGCUUCUGAUAGACUCGAAAUCGAACAGCCUUGUGUUUGCCGAAGCAGGUAAAGAUUUUGUUGAUUUUCUCUUUAAUAUAAUGUCAUUACCUGUUGGCACUGUGAUAAGGCUCCUUGGUGAACAAACAAUGGUGGGCUGCACCGGAAACAUUUACGAGAGCAUCGAUAAUUUGGGCGAUUCCUACAUGCAAUCAGCAGCUAACAAAGAUAUCCUUCUGAAGCCAGUCGUUACUAACUAUGCUGCUAAUGUAUCUCCCCUGUUGCCUAGACUGCAAUCCUCGACAUACACCAAUCUUUAUAAGUGUGACAACAAUUAUUAUCAGGGAUGCAAAAUGAAUGUGACAAAUGAUCCGAAUACCAUUUGUCCGUUCUGCGGUCAUGCUAUGAAGUAUAAAGUAAAUUUUGUGAAUCCGACCAACGAGCCUUCAAGCUCGGGUGAAGUAGGUUUUGUCAAGGGAGCUGCAACUUACAUGGUAAUGGAUGAUUUGGUGGUGAGGCCUAUGUCCACUGAAUCUAUCAUCACUUUGCUCAACGAGUUCAGCAUUAAAGAUGUCCGUGAACUGCAAGUGGAAGUCGUUAGUGUUGGAGUUAACGAGGGUGCGAAGUUACUGAAGGCAUUGUUGCAGUCCAAAACUGCACUUACGGACGUGUUCGUUGAGAGGAAAGCAGGGGGCAGCAACGUUAGCAAUUCCAGUGAUUCCGUCGUCAUAGAGGAAAAUACUGAUUGAACUUCAGCUUGGGAAAAUCUUUCAAGAGCCUAGGAAGAGAAGCUCUUUUGCUUUUCUUUGACUUCAGCAGUUUGCAUGUCAAUUUGCCUUCAAACUGUUAUGUAAUAACAGUAUUAGUAGAUCUUUAUACACUAUUUAUAUUAUUUUUAGCAUCGAA